CGGGCUGUCCCAGCGGCGCCUGCUCGGGAACGCGGUGAGGCCGCACCGGGGUCCGAGCGCUCGGGCUCUCGGGCGCCGGGCCGGGCUCGCGAGUCCGGGAGGCCUUCGCCGGUCCGUCCCUCCUCCGCCACCGCCCCUCCUCCAACACCCAGGCCCCCACAGCGGAGGGCGGGUCCGGCGGGCGCGCGGACAGCCCCGGCGCGAGGACCCCCCCUUCUCCCCCCCCUUCCCCCCCGCCCCCUUGCGCGGCUCCGGUCGGGGACGUCGCUGCGGGCGGCGGUGCUGCUGCUGGCGUCCCGAGAUGUCGACCAAGAAUUUCCGCGUCAGCGACGGCGACUGGAUCUGCCCGGACAAGAAGUGUGGGAAUGUGAACUUUGCUAGGAGAACGAGCUGUAAUAGAUGCGGUCGAGAGAAAACAACCGAAGCCAAGAUGAUGAAAGCUGGGGGCACAGAAAUAGGAAAGACGCUGGCGGAGAAGAGCCGGGGCUUAUUCAGUGCGAAUGACUGGCAGUGCAAAACUUGCAGUAAUGUGAAUUGGGCCAGGAGAUCGGAGUGUAACAUGUGUAAUACUCCCAAGUAUGCUAAGUUAGAAGAAAGAACAGGAUAUGGAGGUGGUUUUAAUGAAAGAGAAAAUGUUGAAUAUAUAGAAAGAGAAGAAUCUGAUGGAGAGUAUGAUGAGUUUGGACGUAAAAAGAAGAAAUACAGGGGGAAGGCAGUUGGUCCUGCAUCUAUAUUGAAGGAAGUUGAAGACAAAGAAUCAGAGGGAGAAGAAGAGGAUGAGGAUGAAGAUCUGUCUAAAUAUAAACUGGAUGAGGACGAGGAUGAAGAUGAUGCUGAUCUCUCAAAAUAUAAUCUUGAUGCCAGUGAAGAAGAAGAUAGUAAUAAAAAGAAAGCCAGUAGACGGAGUCGCUCAAAGUCUCGGUCAUCUCACUCGAGGUCUUCAUCACGCUCAUCCUCCUUGUCAAGUUCAAGGUCCAGGUCCAGGUCCCGUUCACGAAGCUCUUCCAGCUCGCAGUCCAGGUCUCACUCCGGUUCCAGAGAACAUUCCAGAUCCCGUGGUUCGAAAUCAAGAUCCAGCUCCAGGUCCCACAGGGGCUCUUCCUCCCCAAGAAAAAGAUCUUACUCGAGUUCUUCAUCAUCUCCUGAAAGAGACAGGAAGAGGAGUCGAUCUAGACCUUCUUCACCUGCUGUUCGCAAAAAAAGACGAACGAGAUCACGGUCACCCGAAAGCCAGGUGAUUGGUGAAAACAUUAAACAACCCUGAGCCCAGGGCCAACCCCUACGGAACACCACCAGUUUGCCCAGGUUGAUACUGACUUACUCAUAUUGGCUGCAUGAAUCUAGCACUUUAACUCUACAGUCACCUUAUGUGACUUAGACCUUCAAAACUUCAUUGCUGUGAAUGUAUGUUUUCAUACACUCAGAAACCUUGCUGUGCUACAUAGAAACCUGGUGUACUCUCUGUGGUACAGCUGACAUUGCCACACGCUUUACCAGGGUUAUAUGCCUUCCUUGUACAUGUAUAUGAUUACCAGCUUUUUUUUUCAAGGCUUUCCCUUCAUUACCUUGAAUAAUUGAGAGGUGGCUAUAUUUGAAAUGAGAUUUUAUUCUUAACUUGUAGAGUUUUGAGUUAAAAGUCACCAAUUCUGGGCUCACAUCCAAACGUGUAUAUAAGCCAUCUUAGGUUUAAUUAUUCCUGCCAGCACCAAGGUACCUAGUGUUUGCUCUGCUCUUCUCUGGUGUUUGCAGUCUUAGGAACAGACACUCAGUCGGUACUAUUUACAGAUUGUGCUGCUCUCUUGUGUCUUACAGGCACCACAGGUCGUCUUCCGGAUCAACCCAUUCUGGUUCCCGUUCAAGUUCAAAAAAGAAAUAAUGUAUUAAAAUUUACAUCUUUAAAAAAACAUUAAAUACAGUGCAUGAAGCAUAUUUUUUAGGAAAUUGAUGUCUCAUUUGGUCAGAAGUGCUACAUCUGCUAGUAGAGGUGCAUGCCUUUAUUGCUUUUCCAAACAGUACAACUGUGUUUAUUUGUGAAAUUGAAAGUAAAUUGCAUUUUAAGCCAUACUGUUCCCCAGAUAGAUGCUGUGUUCAUUAUUUACAAUCAUUUGCUUUGUUUAAAAACAGCUAUAGCAAAGUACUUUGUUACCUUGUCCUUUUCAUUUCUAAAUGUCCUAUUGACAGAGACAGGGUUACCUGGGCUUGCCUGGACUUCAGACACAUGGAAAUGCCAGUUCAUGUUCAUAUGGGAGAAGUAGUAACCUGGUAAUGUUGUUUACCUGUGCCAGUGAUUUCUUACCAGACGUUAACUACAGUUCACAAAGCUGACAACUGGGAACUUUGAGUUCUCUGUUCUGAGGGUGCCUUAGAGUCAUUAUCUGUCUUAUCAGCUUUACACCACUUUUGAUGCAAGAGGAUAUUAACAAUUGCAGAAGGAGCAGGUUAUCCAUCUUAUUUCAAUAUGUCUAUCUAAGUUUAAGAAAUAUGAAUAUCCUUUAAGUCCAGUUACCAAAUAUUGUACUUGAUUGAUAAAGGUUUUAAAAAAGACUAAAUCAUAGUUUAUGAGCAAAUUGAAGAAAGCUUUGGAAGCCAAUUUCUCAGUGACAGGCUGACAGCGACAUGGAUUUAAGUGAACACUGGCCUUGAGAUGUCUGAUUUUUCAGCACUGUAGGUGCCUAAGUAGCAGAACAAUUCUUAUUUCUGCAUGGUUUCAGCAGAGUCGUUUCUUUCCUCACCUAAAGAAAAAAGAAAAAAACAUAUGGCUUAAAAUGCUUUCAGAGUUUUAUUUCUAAAAUUAAAUUCUGGUCACUUGACAUCCAUUUUGUUCUCUGGUUUAAAGUUAAAAGGUUUCUCUUUAACAGUCUCUUCAGCAGCAAAGCAAGGUAAGUAUACAAGGAACCUGCAGCUGUGCUGGGGCUUCUUGUUACAAGAAUUGUUUUUCCUGUUUCUCCCCUCCUUUAGUAUUUGCCGAGGUUUCAAUAAGCAAAGCAUUCUACGAUGUUUAGUAGACAGAUCAAACAAAAUGUUUUUAUUUUAAAGUGUUUUUCACCUCAACUGGUCUAAAGACGAAAACAAAAUAUCGUAUGUAGAAGUAUUUUCAUAAUAUUUUUACAAGCUUCCUUGUGUUUUUUGUCUUUGUUUUCCUUACUGCGUUUACUGUAGGUCGCACACGAACUCUUACUCUCUUGUAAUUGUGCCUCAGACUUCUCAAAAGUCGACUUUCUGAGUUGCCCAGAUCUUCUAGAUCCGACGUGUUAGCCUUGGUUUGUUCUUGUGCUUUCUGUAUUUAAAACUUGGGCUGUACUAGGCAAAUACAAGAUUAUAAAUUUAGCUAAUAGAGUUUACAAAACAGUUCAGAUGAUUAUGAUUUGAUUUGGUUUAAUUGAGCUGUACUAGUUCAUUUCAUAAGGAAAUGAUACUGUAGACAAAUGUAAAUAAAAUCUGUGAGUCAAGCAUCAAGUGUUGGUCAUUAGAAAUAAACUAGAAAAUUUUAA